GGCAUAACAAACACCAUAAUCAUUAUUAUUAUUAAUAGUAUCUUCUAGUAAUUAUGGAGAGGAUAGUUUGGGAUGGUCUUUGAGGUCCAGGGCCUCUGUCCACCUGUCUUAGAGCUGACCCCUGGCACAAACCUAGCCCUGAGAAGUUGUGACAUGAUUUGUCUUUCCCUCUGCCUUCCUUGGAAUUGUUUAUGUGAAGAUGUAGUUUAGCAUGUAGGUGCUUUGAGGACCCCAUGAACUACACGCCCAUAUUUGAGAUGACUAUUAUGGACUGACCAGUUACACAAAUUAAUUUAUUCUUAAAUCCCUGGCAGAUUGCCAGCCCAAUUCUUAAUAGGAUAUUUCUGUAUUUCUGCUGCUCUAAAUAGACUAGUGAGCAUAUGAUUAUAGGGAUCUGAAAGCUGUUCAUUUGUAGCUUUUUUAUCUUUGCAGUUUAUGAGAUCAGGGAAUGCCUUUUCUCACCUUUUAGGCAACCACUCAGAUACAAGUAAGGGGAUUAUUGUGUGUGAGAUUGCUAACUGCAGCUAAUGAUAAUAAUAAUUCAACUCCCCUGCUAAGUGCUAAAAUGUAUGUUUAUGUUUAUAAGACAAACCCCGAGAAUACUUUCCUUUUCUGUACAGCUUGCUUUUGAGGGUCCAUAAUUUAGUGGUCCCGUAUGCAGAGGCUCGGAGACGAUGGCACCUGCAGUGCAUCAUUCUGUCGAAGGCGACAGCAAGAUUCGAAUUAUGUGGAAGGAAGAGAGACAAACAAGUCGACGAAAAGUCAUUUGAGGCCGGAGGGGCGGCUUUGUAUGGAGGAAAAUUGAAAAGAAAUUAAGCUGGCUAAGGAAUAAUGAUUGUUCGGAAGCACUGGAAGGUAGUUCUUCAUGGAGGAGCACGGAGUAACCCAGACGGAACACAUGGCCACCAUCGAGGCCCAUGCAGUGGCCCAGCAAGUGCAGCAGGUCCAUGUGGCCACCUACACCGAGCACGGCAUGCUGAGCGCCGAUGAAGAUUCCCCCUCGUCCCCCGAGGACACCUCCUACGACGAUUCGGACAUCCUCAACUCCACAGCUGCUGACGAGGUGACCGCCCACCUGGCCGCUGCAGGUCCGGUGGGAAUGGCAGCCGCGGCCGCGGUGGCGACGGGGAAGAAACGAAAACGACCCCAUGUUUUUGAGUCCAAUCCGUCUAUCCGGAAGAGACAGCAGACUCGUCUGCUUCGGGGUCAAGAAGGAAGAUAUCCCCACAGUGUACGACUGAGCAGGAUUGACCGUGUGCCAAGGAAACUCCGAGCGACAUUAGACGAAUACACCACCCGAGUGGGGCAGCAAGCUAUUGUCCUGUGCAUCUCUCCGUCUAAACCCAACCCUGUAUUUAAAGUGUUUGGGGCAGCUCCGCUGGAGAACGUGGUACGCAAGUACAAGAGCAUGAUCCUGGAAGACCUGGAAUCAGCUCUGGCAGAACACGCCCCCGCGCCCCAAGAGGUUAACUCAGAGCUGCCGCCUCUCACCAUAGACGGAAUUCCCGUCUCUGUGGACAAGAUGACCCAGGCUCAGCUCCGGGCCUUCAUCCCAGAGAUGCUGAAAUACUCCACGGGCCGGGGGAAACCCGGCUGGGGGAAGGAGAGCUGUAAACCCAUCUGGUGGCCAGAAGAUAUCCCUUGGGCAAAUGUCCGCAGCGACGUGCGUUCAGAAGAACAGAAACAACGGGUGUCAUGGACCCAAGCCCUGCGGACCAUAGUAAAGAACUGUUAUAAGCAGCAUGGACGAGAAGAUCUGUUAUACGCUUUUGAAGAUCAGCAGACACAACAGCAGCCAACAGCCACACAUAGUAUAGCCCACCUGGUACCAUCACAGACUGUAGUACAGACCUUCAGUAACCCCGAUGGCACCGUUUCACUUAUCCAGGUUGGCACCGGCGCUACGGUGGCCACCCUGGCUGAUGCCUCUGAGUUGCCAACCACAGUCACUGUUGCACAAGUGAAUUACUCUGCUGUGACUGAUGGAGAGGUGGAGCAAAAUUGGGCCACGUUACAAGGGGGCGAGAUGACCAUCCAGACGACGCAGGCUUCAGAAGCUACCCAGGCCGUGGCAUCAUUGGCCCAGGCAGCAGUGGCAGCUUCUCAGGAGAUGCAGCAGGGAGCGACCGUCACCAUGGCGCUCAACAGUGAAGCCGCCGCCCACGCCGUCGCCACGUUGGCCGAAGCCACUCUGCAGGGGGGAGGACAGAUCGUCCUGUCUGGGGAAACCGCAGCAGCCGUUGGAGCACUUACUGGAGUCCAAGAUGCUAAUGGACUGGUGCAGAUCCCCGUAAGCAUGUACCAGACGGUGGUGACCAGCCUCGCCCAGGGAAACGGCCCGGUUCAGGUAGCCAUGGCACCCGUGACCACAAGGAUAUCAGACAGCGCCGUGACCAUGGACGGCCAGGCUGUGGAGGUGGUGACAUUGGAACAGUGACGCUGCCCCAGGGUCGUGAUGUCAUUUUCUAUCUCCUCCGAAGAAUUUUUUUACGUGUUUGCAGAGGUGCAAUCAGGCGGCAUUAAGUCUCCCGACUUUGGAAGCAAAAGUUUCGUUAACCUUUUUUUUAAAAGGAAAGAAGAGCAGAGGAUUUAUGGAAUUGCAUUUUCGGCAGCACUCUGAUUUCCCGGGAUUUGGUGGGAUUAGGAUGCGGCUUUGUCAAUUUCACUGUCCUGAAAGGCCAAAUUGUGGCAGGACUCCAUUCUGCGGAACCAUGUGUAUAUACAUAUAUGUAUGUAUGUGUGGGGGGGGGUGUGUAUACUCGUGUGCGCGCACAUGUGUAUGUGUGAGAGUGAUCCAUAUAUGUAUAUGUGUACAUAUGCAUAUACACAUUUACAUAUACAAGUAUAUAUAUACAUAUAUAUAUAUAUAUGAAACCCGCAUGGAAGUGUUUGUAUUAAAAUCAAGGUGAGCUGUGGAAAAAACAUGAAUUUCAUCCUUUUAGUAGGUGGUAGGGUCCUUAGCUGGACACAGUGACCCCGUUUUAUAUUUACACCGGGGUCAUGGAGAAAGCAACCAACUAACUCAGGCAGAGAUACUGGUGUCCUCACAGGAAGCUCUCCUCCCCAAAAGCAGGAACAAUUCUACCAUCCCCAGUCCUGCCAAGAACCCAGAUUUCCAGGUUGGAGCAGGUUUGAAAAGGUGCAUGUGCCCAGGCUGGGCCUGCAAUAGCAGCAGCAGCAACAAUAACAGCAAGAACAGCAGUAACGCAGCCUGGCAGGAUCAAACACUCCUCAAGAGGCCAAAUGACAGGUCUGACCAGGAGAGAGGAAAACUUUCUUGAAGCUCCCAGGGGUCUGGAGCGCUAUCCCUAGAUCCUCACCUUCUCCCUUCCCCUCCACUGAAAACCUCUCCUUUAUCUCGUGAUAAUUCCAAUUUAGCUUUGGUUUUUGUUGAGUCUUGAUUUUGGUCAUGAAAGUAAUUCUAAAAUGACAUUGAGUAUUGAGGGACUUGGAGGGGAUGCGUGCGUGUGUGUGUGUGAGAGAGAGAUAGAAAGUCUUGAGAAUAGGGGACACCAACUAGUUUCCUUUCCUUUCCUACAACUCUGUAACUUAACUCUAUUAAACCACAGAACUGAAAGGUACGUCUGAUUCAUGUGAGGUCUGACUGAUAUUAGUGUUACUGGGGGAGAAAAUUCCUGAAUUAGUGUUCCCUUCUCCAAGAGUCCAAUUCUUAAAAGCAUUGCCUUUUCAGAGAAGAUUUUUGAGGUGAGAAAAGCUUCUCAGUUGUACCCUAAUACGGUGGUUUUGGGGAACAAAGACCCCACCUUCUAGCUCAGUGCAGCAGGGACCCUCCCUGCACAGCUUUGCAGCUGUUAAUGGACGUUGGUUGGUUCGUGGGGAAAUUCUGAGAUCUACCGAACGUGAGAGCACCAAGCAGUUUUCAGUGGCCAGUUUCUCUUGACUUCAACAUGGGCCUAACCGAGGGCCCCCUGAGUACAGGACCGCCUCUUUCCCCUCUCCCUCCCCCCAGAAACCACCCCCAAACCCCACAGUGUUGCAGCAGUGUGUUUCCAAUGUGGGUUUUUUUUUAAUGCAACGUCAAGAAAGUCUUCAUAUCUUCUUGCUCAGCCUUUGAGAAGAUUUCAGAUUCUUGUAUUUGCUUGUUUUAUAUGAAACUACCCAAUGUUCUUUGUAUAUUUUUUUCUGUACGUUUGGGAGGAGGGACAUUUACAUAUAACUGUCCUAGGUCUACAAUUUGUUAUUUUUUUAAUAUUAUUAUUUUUUUUUAUCGUCAUUGUGGAAAUGUCCAGUGGCUUUAAAGUCCGUGUUUCCUUUGUGAUAAAAUAACCUCCUGAUAGUCUGAGAGAUUGCCAAGAAGAAUAAAGGAAAACAAAAAGCCCAGUAGCAGAGCAUGAAAUCCGUGUUGUUCUCCCGUUCUGUCUAUAACUGCCUCAUUCAAUAAAUAAAUUGUUACAGAUGUGACUAA